CUCUGUAAUUAAUAUAUUGAUUUCUCGAAAACUUGUACCGUGUUUAUCUUACAAUUAGUGGAAAUUGUUGAGAAAUAGUUUUUCUUAGCUGUUUCGAUGCUCCGAACCAAAAUUUAUUGUCAUUUAGUAGUGAAAAAAAGCCGUUGAAGUACACCCUCUGUCAAUCUACCUGCGAGAGAGAACGUGUGAAAUAUGGACGUCAAAAGCUGCGCAAAUUGCCCGGAGAACAUGCAAGUCGGACGAAAUUUGCUUGAGGCUGACUCCGAACAAUCUGCAAAAUUCAAAAGCCGUAUUGUUUGUGUCGUCCCCGGAUGUAAGCAGAGAUAUCGCCCCGGAAUUUCUUUUCAUGCCUUCCCUCCGAAAACGGACAAAUCGCGCCUCCAUUUCACCGUGUCGAACUUCUACUCUCCAACAACAAGCCGUGCCACUGAUCGCUUAAUUCUUAGGCCAUCAGCAGUUCCCGACUUGAAUUUGCCACAACCUCCCAUCAGCGAAGCCAGGAAAAGACUUAUUGAGGGCCGUGCUGAACGUGCUGCAAACCGUGCCAAAGUUGGGGCAGCGAUGGACCAGAGACAUGAUACACCAAACCUUUCAGAUCUUGCCAUCGAUGCUGAAUGUGCAGAUCAUCCCAAAGUCUGUGUUUCUACAGUAGAGAAAGCAGUUCAGGUAGACACUACGGAUUUGGAUAAACUUAAAGUCAAGCGUAUCUCAGCGAUUUCCUUUGGAAGCGAUGACGAUCUUGUAUCAUGGACUGGACUUACAUCAAGAGAAAUGCUCGAAUCUAUUGUCAAAGCAGUGACUCUCGUGAAGCAGUAUCGUCAAAAGCCUAAAUCUACAGUGAAGCUAGAAGAGGAAAUACCGGAUUCCUGCACAAUAGACAUGUUAAGAAUAUAUUUUUUUAAAUAA